AUGGGCGUGCUUAGGGCUGGACUGUGCCCGGGCCUCACCCAGGAGAUAGUCCAGCUUCUCAGGAGUCGCGGAAUCAAGACAGUGGUGGACCUGGUUUCUGCAGACCUGGAGGAGGUAGCCCAGAAAUGUGGCUUGUCUUACAAGGCCCUGGUUGCUGUGAGGCGGGUGCUGUUGGCUCAGUUCUCAGCUUUCCCCUUCAAUGGCGCUGAUGUCUAUGAGGAAUUGAAGACCUCCACUGCCAUCCUGUCCACGGGCAUUGGAAGACUGGACAAACUGCUUGAUACUGGUCUCUAUACUGGAGAAGUGACUGAAAUCGUAGGAAGCCCAGGUAGCGGCAAAACCCAGGUAUGUCUUUGUGUGGCUGCAAAUGUGGCCCACAGCUUGCAACAGAAUGUCUUAUACAUCGAUUCCAGUGGAGGACUGACAGCCUCCCGCCUCCUCCAGCUGCUUCAGGCCAGAACCCAGGAUGAGGAGGAACAGGCAGGAGCACUCCAGAGGAUCCAGGUGGUGCAUGCAUUCGACGUCUUCCGGAUGCUGGAUGUGCUGCAGGACCUCCGAGGCACUGUGGCCCAGCAGGUGAUCAGUUCUUCAGGGACCGUGAAGGUGGUGGUGGUAGAUUCGGUCACUGCGGUGGUCUCCCCGCUUCUGGGAGGUCAGCAGAGGGAAGGCCUGGCCUUGAUGAUGCAGCUGGCCCGAGAGCUGAAGACCCUGGCCCGGGAACUCAGCGUGGCAGUGGUGGUGACCAACCAUGUGACCCGAGACAGGGACAGCGGGAGGCUCAAACCUGCCCUCGGACGCUCCUGGAGCUUUGUGCCCAGCACUCGGAUUCUCCUGAGUGUGGGUGAGGGAGCAGGUACCUCAGGCAGUGAGCGCAUGGUGUGCCUGACCAAGUCUUCUCGCCAGCCAACAGGAAUCCAGGAGAUGAUAGACAUCGGGAUUUGGGGCACUCCAGAGCAGCGCCCAGUGCUAGAGGCGUAUCAGACAUGACUGGUGCUGUUGGUUGGGAAAGCGAGCGGCAUCGAGGCCCGCCACCUUCCCUGCCCAUGAAUGCCUGUGUUCCCCGCUGCCUGGCACUUUAGACUGCAGCAGCAGCAGCAGCGACUGUCAGGCUGGGCAGAGGAUUCUUGGACACCCACCCCCAGUAAGAGGGGAAGAGACAUAGCGGAUUCUUUAGCUUUCCCCUUUGUGGGAGCAUAUCGAGCCACAGGCGAGAGAGGAUGCUGCAGUGGAAGGACCCAGAAAUGCAUGCUGGUGCCUGGUUUUCUUCUCUUGUUUCUACCGUGUAUGAUUCCAGUGGGAGCUGAGCGUACCCUAGCUUGGGCAUCUCUGACAUGCGAGUGACAAUUGACGAUGCUGUGCGUCACCAUCCGAUCUCACUGGCACAGUGAUUGAGCCAUGAGGCCUCUAGCCUGCCUUAGCUUCUCUUCUUUGCCGUUUUUGCCUCUGUCUUCUUUCUGUCUGUAAGUUGGGUCUCCCUUUCCCUUAGCUCUGUCUCUGAAUUACUGGGUGGAAAUAGCCUCAUGAAUGCAAAACUCUUCUUCAUAUGUUCUGCUCUUAAAAACAGAAAAAGGAAUUUCCCUGAGCCCCAGAACCAUCUCAUUUCCCGCAGAUGGUUUUCAGUUUUCCCCAGCAAGGCCCCAAAGAACGGUCGUUCUUCCUCUCCCCUUGCUGCUUUGGUUUCAGGCAUCUGCAUGCAUCACCCUGACUAGGUGAGAACGUGAGCUCGCUGCAGUCCCAGGGAUAUAAUUUAACAGGAAGGGAGGAUGUGCCCUGCUCGUGAUGAAUCCAGCUACUUGUUUAAUAUGCAUGGUGCCCUGUGGGGCCCCUCCACAGUAUAGAGUAACCAGAGGUGUUGAACCAUGGCCUUGGCCAUAAACAGACGGAGGAAAAUUUGCACAGUAAAUAGAGCCAGCUGGGAAAAUUGAUGCUGGUGUAAAUAAUACCUAGCAAAUCUAGUCCUUUAUGCAGAAAUUCAUUGCUGGUGGCUCCAAGAUGCAAUAUAAUUACACCUCUCUUCCUGCCAGCUGCACCACAGCCUAGCGCCCUAGUGUAUAAAAUAACCCCCGUCUGUUACCAGCACUGUGGCCAUCCGUCUGAGAGUCAUAAGUAACCCUGGCUGGAAGCAGAGGUUGAUACCAGGGAAGGGAAAAUAAAAGGCAAAGUUGAGAAGUGAUCAGGAUUGUUUACUGACCACAUUUUUAAAGGAAAGUCGUCUUUCUUGGUUAGAAAGCCUGUCAUGCAAUUAAUUAGUUGUGUCUUGGCCACAGGAAAGGGGGUCCGAGUCACAGGCCAAAGAGAUGACAUUUAGAGAUGAUGAUGGAGAAUUGGGAAUGAAUGAGGAAUUGGCUGUAAGGUGUCUGAGUGAGGACAGGGUCAGUGAGGCCAAGACUGGAGGAGCCCUGAUACUUGCUUUCACAGAGCCUCCAGGAGAAAUUAAUCUUUAGAGCUUUUUUCCAAGGAGCCCUGGUAGUGCAGUGGUUAAAGUGCUUUGCUGCUAACCAGAAGGUUGGCAGUUCGAACCUACCAGCCACUAUGUGGGAGAAAGAUGUGGCAGUCUGCUUCUGUAAAGCCCUAUGGAGCAGUUCUACCCUGUCCUGUAGGGUCGCUAUGAGUCGGAAUUGCUUUGACGACAUUGGGUUUGGUUAGCCUUAUUCCAGCUUUGGGGAUUUUACCCAGAUGGAUGGAUAUUGGCACAUUCCUGCUGCCACAGUAGGAAGCUUAUACAUUAACCUAGGAAUGGCAAAUCUUUGCCAGUCAUGGUACCAUUUUAGCUUCUUGACCCAUGGUAGGCAUUACCAAUCAAUCCCAGCUUUCUUCUUUGCAGGGCUCGGAGUCUUUUGCAGCCUCAGAGCCUUUCUUGAUACAGCGUUCCAGAUAGCCUGUACCAAUCAGUUGGAUUUGGCACUCAGUAUGGAGCUUGGUUGCCAUCUCUGCCUUGGGCAGAUCUACUGUGUUUCCUGUAUGUGGGGAGCACAGGUGCUUUGUACCUGACUCAGAACCCUAUCAUAUCAGAGUUUGAGAGGUCCGUAAAAAUCACCUGGUCCAUCCUGUCAUUUAACAGAGGAGGAAACUGAAUCCAAAAAGGGGACAUGAUGGUUCCAGUGGCAGAAUGGGGAUUGGAACCCAGAACCCCUGACUCCUAGGUCAGGACCUUUUCCAUCCCCAGGCUGCGUUUAUUUUGCCAAUCUGCAUAGUUCUGCCCCUACUGGGGGACUCACUUCAGCUGAAGGUGCCACAGCCCUCAUCCAGGUGGCCACUCUAAUCAUGGGAGGGCGCUCCAUUCACUACUUUCCCAGUCCAUGCAACAUACCUACAGGAUCAUGCCCCCUACACCUUGAUUCCUCCUUUGGACCUUGCUCUUAGGCCAGGGCUCCCUCUUUUCUCAUGUACUGCCACUGUACUCUCCAUUCUGGGCAUGCCACGCUGUGUUGUUCCCCCAGACAGCAUGAACCAGGGUGGCUCUCCUGCCCACGUGCCUUUUGCUCCCUUUGCUUAUGGGUCUGCCUCCACCUACCGCCAGUGUGUCUGGUACACACCCAUCCUGACAUCCUCUUUUUUGUGCCUCAACUGUAGAUGUUUAUAAUAAACCCCCUGUAACACUCAUUUGUACUUACUGUACACAUUUCUAUCUCCCCAUUAGCGCAAGAACCACUAUAAGGGCUCUCGUCAGUUUGGCUCUUUCCACAUUCUGGGAGCUCAGUAAGUGUUAACUAUAUGAAUGCGUAGUUCUUAUUGCAUUUUAAAGAUGGCAAGGGAGAAAUGCAGGAAUGUUUUUCACUUUAUCUAGAUAGUCAUUGAGCCCCCAGAGUCUCCUUUUAAAUAUCUUUCUGUAGAGCACUAUUGCUUGUAUUUCAUUUGACAUCAGACAAAAUUAAUGUUGAGUCCCUCCUAUGUGCUAGCACUUGGUUCCCCAGGUGACCAUAUGUCAGGCACUUGGACACCCAAAGAUUCUCAGGCAAAAGGUACAGAUACCACUGUUGCAAGUAACAAAACCUCACUCAAAGAGGCUUAAACAAGAGGAAUAUUUGUUACCUCCAAUAACACGAAGUCUAGGGCUGGUGAAUUCAGUGGCUCAUUGUCAAGGGGCUUCGAGCCUUUCUGUCUUUCUGCUCUGUUCUCCUUUCAAAUUGGUUUAUCUUCAAGAUAGUUACCCUUGUCAGAACCUGGCUGCAGCCUUUCUUAGCAUCAAUACAGACAUGAAAAUUAUUUACAAACAGAAGAGGAUCAGCUCUUUGUUGUGUCCCUUUAAGAAGAAGGAAGACUCAGAACUUCCCCCCAAUGAAAGCAAGCGUCCUUCAUAUCUCAUCAGUGCAAAAUUCCUUCAUGCAUCCAUGUCUAAAUCAGUAGUAACUGGCAAGGGAAAUGGAAUGACUGUGAUUGGCUCAGAUCAACGAGAAAGUAGCCUUGGAGCUGGGGCUGGGGCCAGGCUUUCCUGAAGCAUGUGAUGUGGCCAUUGGAAGAAAAUGGGGUUUCUGCUAGAAAGGAGGAAGGGAGUGUAUGUGGAGGAAUUGGACGCUGGGUGGGAAACUACCAAUGUCUGCCACAGUCCUGAAGGCAAGUUUAUCGAGGCCCUCUUACGCGUAUACCUCUCAGACCUUAGGACGGUCUUGUGAAUCAUUCCAUUUUAUAGACAGUAAAUGGGAGCUCAGUGAAGAUAAGGACGCAAACCCAAGAAGUGGCGGUACCAAGAUCCAGUCUCAAAUCUGAUUUCAAGCCCUAGUGCUUCCCAUCCUCAUGCUGCCUUUGGCUGUGAAUAUGUAAAUGUUUCAGUAAAAUUCUUUUUCAUAAUUUGCCUGGAUAGCAGCAAAGGCUGCACAUCCCAACCUCUUUUCAGCUUAGCUCCCCAUAAAAAGUUGGAUCAGAGAUAUACUUUAUCAGCUCCUUCUGAUUUCCCCCAGGGAAGUUAUAAGAAUGAAAAACACUUGGAGAAGGGAGAUAUCAUUAGUAUAAAAGAGAACUGGAGGUUUAGAGGGAAAUAAAGCUGAAUAAAAAACAAAGGGAUCUGUGCUUCCCCGAGAUGUGAGCCAGGAGGAGAUAAGGGAAUUGGAUGCCUGUCUUGCUAGGUUUUUGCAUGGAGUUAUGCUGGGUAGAGUUAAAGCUGUACAGCUGUGUGUUGGGGAUGGGCAUUAGAGAAGACUGUGGUAUGUGAAGCUUAAACUGACCUAGGUAUAUUCAUGAAAAGUUACCCCCCAAAAUAUGCUUUUCUUCAUUUUUUCUUGUCCUAGUACACUAGUUAGACUAACUUCCAGUACUUUACUGAAUAGAAGCAACAAUAGCCAUUGUUCUUGUCAUGUUCCUGACUUAGUGGGCUGUUUGCAGUACUUUAUCAUUAAGAUACUUUAGGUUACCUGUAGUUACCUUCUUCAAGUUAAAGACCUCAUUGAUUUUUCUGUCAGUCCUGGAAAGAGUCCAGGUAUUGGCCGUUCCAUCUGCCAUGCUUGGAGUUCUUCCGCCCCGCAAAUGGAAGGUCCAUACACCCUGGAGCUGUACCACGCAUGUCAGCCUGUGCAAAUUUGACUUGUUUGAGUAGCCCUUGAAUCAUAGCUCUUCUGUGGUCUCUCCUUUGUAGUUUCUGGAUUUUGCCAGAAGACGGGCCUGUGCUGAAAGAGGUACAGAGUCAAGGAGGAAGAUGUUUUAUAUCCCAACUAAUUUGGUCUUCACUCUGACAUUGCUGUACAACAUUGGAUGAAUAAACUUUGCCUUAGUUUCAUCCACUGUAACAUGGGGAAAAUCAUACCUGCCUCAGAGUUGUUUUAGGGUUGUAUAGCUUAUGUAAAGCAUUGAAUACUUUUCCAAGAAUGUAAUAGGCACUCAGUUUCCUGUUACUGUGAAGCGUACGAUGCCUGGCAGAUACUGGUGUCAGCCUUCUUCUGUCCUGGCAGGGCCAGCUUCAUGGUCGUGUGAUCUGUGCAGAUGGAAGGGCCUUGUGCUUAGAGGGCCCUGCACUUAGUUUAAUGCUCUGCUUUCACUGUCUUGACAUUCUUAAUGCUUUUUGAACAAAAGACCCUGCAUUUUGCACUGGGCCCUACAAAUUGUGUAGCCAGUUCUGUGACCAGGGGUGAGUAGAGUUCUAUACUGGCCCUCUCUUUGGGGAAAAUCCUAGCACUGAUUUCUUAGAGAAUAACUCCCUUGUAGUACUGUCCUAUAGAAAGAUUAGAGUUAGCGUCCUGUAUGUGUUUAUCUCUAACUAUUUCAUUCUGGGGUUAUGCAGCCUCUCUCUGAAGUGAACACCCCAUAUUUUACAGAAUUUACCAGGCCUAAGGAGCCCUGGCGG